CUCCCACCUCAUCUGAACGACCCACUACUGCGGCAGGAUGCGGAAGUUUGUGCUGCUGUGUCUGGCACUGUCAGGGCUUCAGGCCGCUCCCCUAAUGGCCCCCAAAGGUUUGCACAAGGCUGGAAGUGUCCCUACUGGAUUCGGACAGGGCACCGAACCCUCAACCUCCAGGCUCCCCAACGGCUUCCAGCAGGGCACCGAACCUUUGGCCAUACAAAGACCCAUGGUUGUUGGCUUUCAGCAAGGCACCGAACCUUUGGCCAUACAAAGACCCAUGGUUGUUGGCUUUCAGCAAGGCACCGAACCCUCCCGGCCAUCUGAUGUCAACCGAACAACUGUUCUGCUGAAGAAACACAUCCGUGAUAUGGGCGAACCAGCACCUGUCUCCAUCCGUCUUCACCCGGGGCAGGGAUCUGGAGAGCUGGAUAGAGACCACCGGCUGGCAGAGGAGGCCUCCAUUGAGGUUCCAGCCCAGAAGAAUGGUGGCAGUUGGGUCAGAAUGGAGGAAAUCUCAGCUGCCGAUGUCCCUGGUGGAUUUAGACAGGGAACCGAACCAAUGAUGGCCAUCCCAGACAGUUUUAGACAGGGAACAGAACCAGUUCAUGGUAUUCCAGAUGGGUUUAGGCAAGAAACAGAACCCAUUCACAUCAUUCCAGAUGGAAUUAGACAUGGAUCAGAAUCCAUUAUCUCCAUCCCAGAGGGUUUCAGACAGGGUACAGAACCCGCUAUCUCCAUCCUAGAAGGUUUUAGGCAGGGAACGGAACCCAUUAUCUCCAUCCCAACGGGUUUCAGACAGGGAACUGAGCCAUCCACCCACCGACUCCCAGAUGGAUUCAAGCAGGGCACAGAACCCUCAACUUUUCAUCUACCUGAGGGUUUCAGACAGGGAACAGAACCCGCUAUCUCCAUCCCAAAGGGCUUCAGACAGGGAACUGAGCCAUCCACCCACCGACUCCCAGAUGGAUUCAAGCAGGGCACAGAACCCUCAACUUUUCAUCUACCUAAGGGUUUCAGACAGGGAACAGAACCCAUUAUCUCCAUCCCAGAGGGUUUCAGACAGGGAACUGAGCCAUCCACCCACCGACUCCCAGAUGGAUUCAAGCAGGGCACAGAACCCUCAACUUUUCAUCUACCUAAAGGUUUCAGACAGGGAACAGAACCCAUUAUCUCCAUCCCAGAGGGUUUCAGACAGGGAACUGAGCCAUCCACCCACCGACUCCCAGAUGGAUUCAAGCAGGGCACAGAACCCUCAACUUUUCAUCUACCUAAGGGUUUCAGACAGGGAACAGAACCCAUUAUCUCCAUCCCAACGGGUUUCAGACAGGGAACUGAGCCAUCCACCCACCGACUCCCAGAUGGAUUCAAGCAGGGCACAGAACCCUCAACCUUUCAUCUACCUGAGGGUUUCAGACAGGGAACAGAACCCGCUAUCUCCAUCCCAGAGGGUUUCAGACAGGGAACUGAGCCAUCCACCCACCGACUCCCAGAUGGAUUCAAGCAGGGCACAGAACCCUCAACUUUUCAUCUACCUAAGGGUUUCAGACAGGGAACAGAACCCAUUAUCUCCAUCCCAGAGGGUUUCAGACAGGGAACUGAGCCAUCCACCCACCGACUCCCAGAUGGAUUCAAGCAGGGCACAGAACCCUCAACUUUUCAUCUACCUAAAGGUUUCAGACAGGGAACAGAACCCAUUAUCUCCAUCCCAGAGGGUUUCAGACAGGGAACUGAGCCAUCCACCCACCGACUCCCAGAUGGAUUCAAGCAGGGCACAGAACCCUCAACUUUUCAUCUACCUAAAGGUUUCAGACAGGGAACAGAACCCAUUAUCUCCAUCUCAGAGGGUUUCAGACAGGGAACUGAGCCAUCCACCCACCGACUCCCAGAUGGAUUCAAGCAGGGCACAGAACCCUCAACCUUUCAUCUACCUGAGGGUUUCAGACAGGGUACUGAACCUUCGACCAGUAGGCUGAGAAUAGAGAUAACAGAAUGUGAAGGACAGAUUAUCAGUGGACGCUGCUAUUGGUUCAAUCCAACUCCAUUGGUCUUCAGAGAUGCACAGUCUUCCUGCAGAGCCCUUGCACCAAAUGCUGACCUUGCAUCUGUAACAAAUGUUGAUUUACAUUCCCGUCUGGUUUCCAUGGUGACCAAGGAUGGCGAGACGAGCCCAGUGCUGACCUGGCUGGGUGCUGUAAUCAAGAAGCAGCAGGCUGAGUGGACCGACGGCUCGGAAUGGGGUUACAGCGACUGGAUGCCGGGUCACCCCAACAUUAACACUGACAAACCCGCCUGCCUGGAGAUGUUCCACAUAGAUCAGCGCUGGUGGACGGCGGUGGACUGUGAGCUGAAAAGAGCGUCCGUCUGCUCCUACCCAACCACGGCAUGAGGACCAGCCAGGAAAACGAGAGUGAAGCACGUGACCCCCCCCCUUAUCCAUGAUCGCCUCAGUCAAGUCAAAAGAAAAGCGGUAUUCCUGGUUCAGGGACGCGUCCACGAGCCCUACCGUGUCCAUCCACAUCCGACACCAUCAGCGCGCAGCAGGACGUUCAGUGUGAACCUGGCAGAGUAAGUCCAGUGCCAGUGGCUGGACGAGCAGCAGCGUGACGGGGGGCAACAACAGACGGGCAGUGUGACGGUGGACAGGUGUGUCCCCUGACUCCCCCAGAGUUCUGCUGCGGUUCAGCAACCACAAUCCCGCUCCAUGACUGAGCAGCUUCUACUCUGACUUUUCCUCUUCAUGCCAGCUACACAACUACAUGCUCUUCAUGUACAGCUACACAACUACAUUCUCUUCAUGUACAGCUACACAACUACAUUCUCUUCAUGUACAGCUACACAACUAGAUGCUCUUCAUGUACAACUACACAACUAGAUACUCUUCAUGUAUAACUACACAACUAGAUGCUCUUCGUGUACAGCUACACAACUAGAUGUUUUUCAUGUACAGCUACACAACUAGAUGUUUUUCAUGUACAACUACACUAGAUGCUCUUCAUGUACAACUACAUGCUCUUCAUGUACAGCUACACAACUAGAUGUUCUUCAUGUACAGCUACACAACUAGAUGUUCUUCAUGUACAGCUACACUAGAUGUUCUUCAUGUACAACUACACAACUAGAUGUUCUUCAUGUACAACUACACAACUAGAUGUUCUUCAUGUACAACUACACAACUAGAUGUUCUUCAUGUACGACUACACAACUAGAUGUUCAUGUACAACUAUACAACUAGAUGUUCUUCAUGUACAACUACACUAGAUGUUCUUCAUGUACGACUAGAUGAUCAUGUACAGCUACACAACUAGAUGUUCUUCAUGUACAGCCACACAACUAGAUACUCUUCAUGUACGACUACACAACUAGAUGUUCUUCAUGUACGACUACACAACUAGAUGUUGUUCAUGCACCCACCAGCGUUGCAGAAUAAGACCGCGAGUGUUUUCAUCCUCUAACAGAAACCUUCAGCUAUA